GUGAUUGCAGUAGGGAUGAUCUAAACAAGCAAAGAGAGAGAGAGACAAUGGAGUACAAGUUUUUCUUGAUGCUGUUUUUUGUUGCUUUAUUCGUAAAAGAAGGCAUGGCAGCUCAACAUGUUGUUGGGGGAAGCCAAGGUUGGGAUGAAUCUGCAGAUUUCAGUUCGUGGACUUCUAGUAAAAAAUUUAAAGUUGGAGAUCAACUAGCUUUCAAGUACACAUCAGGACUGCACAGUGUAGUAGAACUUGCUAGCGAGAGUGCCUACAAGAAUUGUGACCUUGGCAGUCCGCUAGACUCCUUGAGCACCGGCAAUGAUGUUGUUAAACUGAGUAAAGAAGGCACACGUUACUUUGCUUGUGGUACGUUAGGCCACUGUGAUCAAGGCAUGAAGGUGAAGAUCACAACAGAAACAGGAACUGCCCCCUCGACACCAGACUCAUCUUCAUCUUCACAUGCUUCGGCUUCCAUGGCUUCUUAUUCCAUCCGGCCUUUUGGUUCCUUUGUUCUUGUUGCAUUAGCUACCACUUUGAUUUACAAUAUGUUUUGAGGAUGGAGAUGUAUAAUUUUGUAUGACUGUUUUCAUGGGGUUAAACUUUAGUUCAACCGUGGGGAAUUGUUGGUAAAAUCAUUUGUUGAAUUGUUAUUAAGAGAUGAGUAAAAAUAAAAAUUGAAGAGGAAGUUAUACAUUCA